AUGGUUCUACUCCUCUUAAUAGCGCACAACAACAGCUCAGACCCAGCAAUGGUACAUCUCCUCUUAGUAGUGCACAACAACAGCUCAGACCCAGCAAUGGUACAUCUCCUCUUAGUAGUGCACAACAACAGCUCAGACCCAGCAAUGGUACAUCUCCUCUUAGUAGUGCACAACAACAGCUCAGACCCAGCAAUGGUACAUCUCCUCUUAGUAGUGCACAACAGUUAA